CUGGAAUCCUUAGCCAGGAUUCGGAGCUAUGGUGGGGGUCGAAGCGCAGCUACACAGCCUGUAACCAGAGAACGAGCCAGGAGGCGCUCCACCUCGAGGAUGGGCAAAGUGCCCGGCCAGGGCAGCAGGCAAUGAUUCAGAAUGCAAUCAAUGGCCACAACAUGCACAGAGGACAGGAUCCAGCAUGCCUUAGAACGGUGCUUACAUGGGCUCAGCGUCAGCCGGGGUACUGCCACCUGGACAGCUGGGUUGUGUCUAAACUGUUGGAGCCUGCAAGAGCUGGUCAGCAGAGACCCAGACAACUUCCUUAUCCUCCUGGAGCAGAUCCUACAGAAAACCACAGAGGUCCAAGAAAAAUGCAGCUAUGAUCUUCUGGCUCCCCUAGCUCUGCUCUUCUACUCUACAGUCCUUUGUACCCCUCACUUCCCACCAGACUCAGACCUCCUUCUGAAGGCAGCUAAAACCUACCACAGAUUCCUGACCUGGCCCAUUCCUUACUGCAGCAUCUGUCAGGAACUUCUCACCUUCAUUGAUGCAGAACUCAAGGUACCAGGCAUCAACUACCAGCGACUAGUAAGGGCAGAACAAGGACUGUCCAUCAGAAGCCACCGGAAUUCCACUGUCACCGUACUACUUUUGAAUCCCCUGGAGGUACAGUCUGAGUUCUUAUCUGUGGCCAAUAAGAUGAGCUUCCCAGAACCUUCCCCUCACAGUGCCUAUGUAACACUGCUGCAGCAUGCUUACCAGGCCACCUUUGGGGUAUGCUGUGACCUGGCCCGCCUACACCACAUGCUUCAGUCCAAGACUCUAACUGAACUGGAGGCCAUCUUCGAGGAGACUACAGAGGCUCAGGAACUGGCAUCCGCCAUCAGAGACCCUAAGGAGGCCCGGCAAUGGCUGAAAGCCAAGCUGAAAGCUGUAGGAGAGAAGGCGGGCUUCCCCCACAUCUCAGAGACAGCUCAGCCAUGUAAGCUGUAUACCAUCCCCAUUCCAGUAGCCAGGUGCUACACCUGUAGUUGGAAUCAGGACAGCUUUGACAUCCUAAAGGAGAUCCUGCUUAAGGAACGGGAGUUGUUCCAGCCAGAGACCCUUGAGGAUGAAGAAGAGGAAGACUUGGAGGAAGAUAGAUGCUUUCUUGAGAGGGACUCCCUACUUUCUACCACUUUGGAAUUGAAAAGGUCAACAGCCUCACUCCAAUCCUCUGUCCCUGGCCUCUCAAGCCAACUAUUGACCUCUUUUGUCUCAGGCCUCUCAGACUACAUGGACAGUGGCUACAUGGAAGACAGUGAUGAAAGUUCCCCUGAUCGGCCUCGGAAGGCAGAAAGCCAGGAGGAACAAGAACCCCAAAGACCUGGGAGAAAGUUAAACAGAAUCUAUAAACUCUUUAAGGGCAAGAGCCAUAUGGUGCUUCGGAGAGACUCUCAGAGCCCUGUGAAAGGGACUGGCUCAGUCACGCUCCCUCUUCGACGGACAGGGAGUCUAUGCAGCCCUUUGAACAUGCCUUCACCACCUGCUUCCUGUUCCCAACGUUCCCAUUCCCUUCCCCACCACAUGUUGGAGAGCCAGCUUUCAAACUGGCUCCACCCCACAGCCACACAUCAUCGCCAUCGGAGGCCCUUCCUUAGUGGCGAUGAGGACUCUAAGGCCUCCACACUGCGUGUUGUGGUCUUUGGCUCCGACCGGAUAUCAGGGAAGGUUGCCCGUGCUUACAGCAAUCUCCGGAAGCUGGAAAGCAGUUGCCCACUCCUGACACGCUACUUCAAGCUCCAGUUCUUCUAUAUCCCAGUAAAACGAAGUUAUCAGUCUACAUCUAGUACCUCUCCUGCUCAUCCAAACCAGUCACACCUCUUGUCCACAGAUUCCCUAAGGCAUCUCACUCCAGGGGACAUUCCCCUGGCCUCCUGGGAGGACAGCACCAAUGACAUUUCCCAUUACCUCGGAAUGCUGGAUCCCUGGUAUGAGCGCAACGUGCUGGGGCUGAUGCACCUGCCCACUGACGUCUUGUGCCAGCAGACUUUGAAGACUGAGGCUGGGCCACUGGAGAGUACCCAGGAGCAGCUGCCCAUCCUGGCAGACAUGCUGCUUUAUUACUGCCGUUUUGCCACAAGACCAGUCCUGCUGCAAGUCUAUCAGACAGAGUUGACCUUCAUCAGUGGGGAGAAGACAACAGAAAUUCUUAUCCACUCCCUGGAGCUGGGUCACUCUGCAGCUAUCCGUGCUAUCAAGGCUUCUGGUCCAGGCAGUAAACGGCUGGGCAUUGAUGGAGACCGAGAAGCCAUUCCACUUACACUACAGAUAAUCUACAGCAAGGGGGCCAUUAGUGGACGGAGCCGCUGGAACAAUAUGGAGAAAGUGUGCACCUCUGUCAACCUUAAUAAGGCCUGCCAGAAGUUGGAGGAGCUAGAUUCUAACAUGGAAUCUCUGACCUUGACCCUGACUGAGGUGGUGAAGAGACAGAACUCUAAGUCCAAGAAGAGCUAUAACCAGAUCAGCACAUCACAAAUUAAAGUGGACAAGGUGCAAAUCAUUGGCUCCAACAACUGCUCCUUUGCUGUUUGUCUGGAUCAGGAUGAGCGAAAAAUCCUACAGAAUGUAGUCAGGUGUGAAGUCUCUCCCUGCUACAAAUCUGAGAACAGCAGCCAUUGCCCACAGUCUCAAAGACUUUCCUUCCUGCCACCUCAAAACUCACCGGACCUCUGCUCCUUCCUGUGUUUGCCCAUCAUGACCUUCAGUGGAGCUCUGCCCUAACAGCAAACUCAAGACCUUCAUCUGGAUUUUCACAUCACAAGGAAGCAGGGACCCCCACCUCCCAAUCCAGAGAACCAGGACUGGCAGUUGUGGCUCUUCCUUCAGACGACAGAAUUCACUAUCAGUCAGUCAGUUUCCACAUAGGAUCCUGAGAAUGUUUUUGGUUUUUUCCCAGCAAGAGAAGGAAAGAAACCUUUAGCCCUGGAGGGAGAGAGUGCCUUCUCCUCAUAUAAGUAUGAUUUAUAUGGGAGGGGGAAGAGAGGGUGUGAAGGUGGUAAGGGAGACAUGGAUCAAGUCCAUCUUCCCUUCUGACCACGUAGGUGAGGGACUCUUGGCAGGUCAUUUAGCCUCUCUCUGGGUCUAUAAAAUGGAGAAUACCUUACCCUCCCUAAAGCUAGGCACCUGAAACAUAUAAUCUGGCUUUAAAAUCAAUGAUUUUGUCUUGGGGCGUGGCUGUUCUGUGCCUUGGCUGUUGUAUAGCCUUUGAAUGCUAGUCCUCUCAUCUUGCGUUCCAGACUCUGGGUUGCGGGGCCUGGAAGAGAAUGCAGAACCAAUAGUGAGGAAAUUGUGUCCCAGAAGGAUAUUCAGGUCCCACCCUGCUGCCUUUUUAGACUUCUGUUCUCUGAAGAGUUGCAUAUCAAGGUUCUAACAGGAGCAUAGCAUUAUUUUAAGGGUUGGAGGAGAUAUGAAAUAUGGAAGAAGUUUACAUUACAGUUGGAGAGACAAGAUAAUAUGACAUACUUUAUGUGCAACAGUAGAUUAAUAAUAUGGUUAAAUAAAUAGUAAUUAAGAAUAUAGUGAGGAAUUAAGGUACUUCAUUGUAACUAUAAACAAACUAUAAUGGAGAGUUUGGUCUAAGGCAGCUCCAUCUUGGCCUGAUCCAAGGGGAUUUAUUAGAAAACACCAAAAAGAGCUCGUUAUACCAAAGCUUCACCUGUUUCAAGGUCCUAUACCACAAUUCUAGAGCUUUGUAUUUAGAUUCUAUUGUAAUGUAUCACCUUUUAUGUACAAAGGGUCUACCUAAUGUACUUUAUGUUCCUUUCCCAUAGGCCCUCUUGGUAGAAAGAGGACUUCAAACCAGAAUGAUUAGCCUGGAAAAAAAAAAAAACAGUUGAAGGACUAUCAUGUGAAAGAGGGUCUGAGGGACUAGGAUUGUUUUAUUUGACCACAGACAGCAGAACCAGGAGCAAUGGGUAGAAGUUGUUGAGAGGCCAAUUUUAGCAUUAGCUGAGAAAAUGUUUCCUAAAAGAACUCUACACGCAAUAGGUACUUAAUAAUGUUUAUUGUAUUCCAAUGUACAUACAGUAGAAACAUGACAUAGUGGAUAGAGUCUGGAAGACUUACAUUCAAGUCCUGCCUUUGAUAUAUCCCUGACCCUAAGCACAUCAUUUAACCUCUCAGCGCCCCUAGGCGACCUCUAAAACACUUAAGUUCCUGGACAGUUGCCAAUCUUCUAUUGUUGAGGGAAUUUUCAUGGAAGAAUUCCCUAUGCCAAGAAGAUUGCAGGUCCAUUAAAAAAAAAAAAAGUAACCAGAAGUGAAGUAGACUCCCUUGGGUGGUAGGGACUUAUGCAUCUCUGGUGGACUUCGUGCAGAAGCCAUAUAACCACUUGUAAGAGCUGAUAUAGAGGAGAUAGAGGAGAGCCCUUCCUAGGUAUGGGUUGGAUUAGAUCAAAUCACCUUAAACUUUUUCUACUUGUGACCCCUUUUUGCCUGAGAUUUUUACGUGACCCCAGGUAUGUAGGUAUAUAAACUAGGUAUACAUAACCUUUUACUGUUGCCAAAUUUUUCCCAACCCCCACAUUAGGUUACAGGAUCCCAUAUUGGGGUCACAAUCCACAGUUUAAGAAGUUAGGGAUGAGAUGACAUAUGAUUUCCCUUUCACUUCUGAGAUUCUGUAAAUUCUGAUGGAAUUUAAAACUAAAAGACUAUGUUUUAAUUGAGGAGCUAAAUCUUGAAGGUGGAGAGUAGACUUUAGAUAGGCAAAGGAAGGGCAAGAAUAGGGAGGAAUAAUGUGAGUAAUGUCCACGUGCAGUAUUUCUUCUCUAAUUCUGAGUAAUUUUUAUGUCUAUUUAAUUCAAGUGUUCUUUAUUAAAGUGUCGAGUUUAUGUCAGGAACUGUACUGUUGCUGGAAAUACAAAUGUGGUAUGAACAUGACACCCAGUCUCUUCACCCUCUCACCCUUUUCACUCUCUCUGGGCUGUAUCACCCAAUUUGCACUGUUCUGGCAUUUCCAGAGGAGUAAACACUGCUAUAACUCAUUCUUUCAUGCAUCUAGAUGUUACCCUGAUUGGGAAAAUACACUUCUCCUACUGUACACUAUAGCUGCUGAACAUCCACCAUUGUGCUUCCCCAUUUAACCAUCAGCCAAUUUACCUUCAUUAACUCUUAGAAACACAAAGUGAAGCAGGAUUAAUAACAUAGCAUCCCACCAAGGAACACUCAGUGUCAGUGUUGUGGACACAACCUUGGUGAGCACAAACUUAAAAGAACCUCAGCAAAAAGGCACAGGUGUAGGUAAUGGUUGUGCCUGGAGCAACAUCUCUCUUGACAACAAUGUGUGCAACAAUUCACUGAUGGGUGGGGCCUUUUGUCUCCUAGCAGCUCCACUUGAGUUAAUCCUUUUCUGGGCUUCCAAGGUAGUAUCAUGCUCUUUCCACAAAAACAGAGACCUUGAACCUGGGAUCUUCAGAACUUCCUCAUGUCUGCUCCUUUGGCUAGACUGAAGAGUUUUCAUCUGUCAGGCAGUAAGGGACUAUGCAGCUAAAUGCAAAAGUAAAAACCUUUCUUCCUCAAAUUAGCCUUUCCAAGCAGUACAUGAAUGAAUGAAUGAAUGAAUGAAUGAAUGAAUGAAUGAAUGAAUGAAUGAAUGAAGCAUUUAUUAAACACUAUGGGCAAGAGUAAGCUCUUAGAACUCAUGACAUGAUCACGCCAAAAA